GAUCAGCGCAUGUGCAGGGGAGUGGGCGGGGACCCGUCGCAUGCUGAUGACGCAAGUUUGUGUCGCCUUAUUUGAAUUCGCACGGACGGUCUCGCGUGUAAAGGCAGCAUUUGGUCGCAUGAACAAGCACAAGUACGGAAGUUGAGUUAAACGAGGUCUUUGUUUUCUAAUGAAACGUACAAUUUCUUUUCAGAAAGAGUAAUGAUACAAUCGAACAUAGACGAAUAAAAGGACUAAAGUGCGCAGAGAAAAAGAAAAGUUCCUGUCUCCAUGCAGUGAGCUGUUCAAUGGCUUCUGGACCAAGGCUGUCUGUGUGAGAAGGGAAUCCGAGAAGAGACACUUGGGGAAAGAGAGAGAAGAGUUUUACCCAAACCAUGGCCUCAGCCAAAAAGGAUGACACCGAUGAAAUACUGGCACAUAUUAAACAAGAGGACUUUGAGUGGGCUGUGGGCGAGGAUUUGUGCGUGAAGGCGGAGGAUCUCGAAGGAAGAAUUUCAGAUUUUAAAGAGGAGGAGUUCAAGUGGGAGGCUGACAUUAAAGAAGAGGAUUCGAAGGAUUUCAUGGUUGGCAUCAAACAAGAGGUCUGCGAAGAGUCCCUUCCCAGCUUCCAGCCCUGGCGUACUAAUAUGGGACAAAUGGGCACCCAGGAGAAUUCUGUGGAACUGGAAUCUGAGUUUUCAGAGUUUAAGGGAGAAGGAGAAGGGAGAGGAGCUGAAGAGCAGCAGCCACCAUCUAGAGACGUUGAAACGAUUUUACAUGAAAAUGCCAGCUGCUCCCCAUCUUUAUUUGUUCAGCCAUCUCUUCAGUGCAGACUGCAACAGAAACAGAAGGAAGAGAAGACACAGGAAUCAACAAGGGGAUUAGAGAAUGUGACCCCUGUUUCUUUGCAGUGCACUUUUACUGCUGACAAACUAGCUGCGGUGGAGGUGAUCGACACUGACCAACAACAAGGGCAUAACACAAAUCGAGAGGCUUUGUGUGCCAGUCGAGGGAGUGAAAGUACAAUGAAAAACACAUCUGACGGUAAAGAAACAACAAAACCUUAUUCUUGUUCUGAAUGUGGGAAAAGAUUUCUCCAUGACAGUGGCCUUCAGAAACACAUAAGAAUUCAUGCUGGAGAAAAACCUCAUUGCUGCUCUGAAUGUGGCAAGCGAUAUUCUGACAGCCGUGGUCUCAGAGUACAUAGAAGAACCCACACGGGAGAAAAGCCAUAUGUCUGUGCUAAAUGUGGAAAAGGAUUCAAACAAAGUGGCCAUCUUCAGUCCCAUACAAAAAUUCAUAUUGAAGAAAGACCUCAUGGCUGCUCUGAAUGUGGCAAGCAAUUUUCUGACAGUCGUGAUCUCCUUAAACAUUCAAGAAUCCAUUCCAGAGAAAAUCCACAUGUCUGUCCUGAAUGUGGGAAAAGAUUUUCCUAUAAUGCCAAACUUCAGUCGCACAUAAGAUCUCACACUGGAGAAAAACCUUAUUGCUGCUCUGAAUGUGGCAAAAGAUUUUCUAACAAGUAUGGUCUCCUAAAUCAUUUAAGAGUCCAUAUUGGAGAAAAUCCACAUGUCUUUUCUGAAUAUGGGACAGGAUUUUCCCAUAAUGCCAGACUUCAUUGCUGCUCUGAAUGUGGCAAGCAAUAUUCUGACAUCCUUGGUCUCAGAAUACAUACAAGAACUCACACGGGAGAAAAGCCGUAUGUCUGUGCUAAAUGUGGAAAAAGAUUCAGACAAAGUGACCAUCUUUAUUCCCACACAAAAAUUCAUACUGAAGAAAGACCUCAUGGCUGCUCUGAAUGUGGCAAGCGAUUUUCUGACAAUCGUGAUCUCCUAAAACAUUCAAGAAUCCAUACUGGAGAAAAGCCAUAUGUCUGUUCUGAAUGUGGAAAAAAAUUUUCCCAUGAUUCCAGACUUCAGUCGCACAUAACAGUUCACACUGGAGAAAAACCUUAUUGCUGCUCGGAAUGUGGCAAAAGAUUUUCUAACAAGUCUGGUCUUCAAAGACAUACAAAAAUCCACACUGGAGAAAAGCCCUUUGGCUGUGCUGAAUGUGGGAAAAGAUUCAUUGACAGCAGGAAUUUUCAGAGCCAUGCAAGAAUUCACACUGGAGAGAAGCCAUAUGCCUGUUCUGAAUGUGACAAACGAUUCAGCCAUGAAAGCGGUUUUCGGGCCCAUACGAGAAUUCAUACUGGAGAAAAACCUUAUUGCUGCUUUGAAUGUGGUAAACGAUUUCCCCAAUUUGCCAAUCUGAAAAGGCAUGCAAGAACCCACUCUGGGGAGAAGCCUUAUUGCUGUUCUAAAUGUGGCAAAAGAUUCUGUGAGAGUAGUGCUCUUCAGAACCACAUAGCUAUCCACACACAAGAGGAAGUUGGGAUGCUGCUACAUGUAAAAAUAUGCUAAUGAAUUGUGACACGAGAGUGGCACACCCACGGAGCAACACUCCUAUUUACAAAAUCGGACCAAACCAACAAACCAAAACACUACCUCCCCAUGACCUUGUAGUAGAUUCUUCUUAAAGUAGGAUGAGGAGCCCGGCACACACAAAAAUCUCCUACUCUUAGGAAAAUCUAAUAUUAUCAGAAGCGGAGCAAGACCGAACCCUAGCCCCAAUUUGAUCCCCUCAGCUGGAUAUAUCCUUUAUGAAUUUACAAAACGAAAUGACCACGCCAACAAUUAUUUAAACAAACAAGACUAUACAUUAUAAAUCAAUCAAACAAAACUAUAAACACCCUUUAAGCAAUCCUCCCCAAAUCCGGAACAACUAAACAAACACUAAUUAAUAUGCCCACCCCCCUUGAACCCUUCUAUAAUAUACUCCCCAGAAAAGAGUGAAAGAAAGGAAAAGAAAAUUAAAUGUCACCUAUUUACUGCCAGCACAAAUAGAUUCACAGCACACACACAAAUAUAUAUACAUAUACACACAC